GCUUGAGCCAGGGGUGGGAUGAUGAUGAUGAAGCCAAGAUGGCAGCUCAGCUGAGGGUGCUGCCUCCACGGGAUCAAGAAAUAUUCAAGAAGGAAAUGAAAACCAAGCACGACAGGACGCCCAUUUAAAAAAAGAAAUACUACUAUAUGCUGUGAUCACGUUACUACCAAAAUCGGUAUGCGUUGAGAUAAUGCUUUUCUGGAGAUAAGGACUGUGUUGUAGGUCUGGACUCGAAGCUCAUCUCAGCACAGGCGCACCGCCACCAGAGACACUACAAUCUACGCUGAUUACUGGAGAUACUGGAUUUUAAUCGUGCCAUUUCGCUAUUGUGCAUUGGACCCUUGCCGGGACAUGUAGUGGUGUGAAUGACAACGGGAGUGUAACUGUCGGCUGGUUAUGGUCUAGCGGUUUGAUGUUUGAUGUAAUAUAUGCAUUGUUCUACUAAACCAUGAUGUGUGCUGCUGCGGCAGCGGCCGCAGCCGGCGGAGGAGUCUUGCCCUCCUCAUCGCCGUCCAUGGGGUUCGGUGUCAGGGUCACUUCUGGAAUCGGAGCCGAAUUCUCCACCCUUGGCUCUGCCAUGGGUUCGUGUCCCACACCCGGAACCCAGACGGAUUGCCGGAGUCGGUACCAGCUUUUACUCUCAGGGCGAGCUUUGGCGGAAAGAUACAGGAGGAUUUACACCACUGCGAUCAAUGACAAAGAACAAGGGAUCAAUCAAGGAAGGGGAAAGAAGGCCUUGAGCAAGAAGAAGCUAAAACGACGACAGAAGGUGAAGUCAAAAGUCAAAGCGAGAACAAAGAACGACGGUCUGGAUGGCGCCUACUGCAUCCCGGACAUCAAGCUGCACAGCAACCCGUCGGCGUUCAACGUGUACUGCAACGUGCGCCACUGCGUGCUGGAGUGGCAGCAGCGCGAGGCUUCCCUGGCGCUGGCCUCCAGGAGCUCCGUGCAGAGCGGGGACUCGGACAGCGAGGAGGAGGAGGAGUACCGUGAGCCUCCCGUCAAGUUGCCCAAGAUCAUUGGCAUCGGCCUGUGCGGGGUGUUUGAGCUGAUUAAGGAGACGCGGUUCUCCCAUCCGUCGCUGUGUCUGCGCAGCCUGCAGGCCCUGCUGGACAUGUUGCAGGGCCAGCAGCCCGAAGGCUUCCAGACCGAGCCCCCCGACGUCCUGGAGUCCCUGUUCCAGCUGCUGCUCGAGACCACGGUGCGGAGCACGGGACCCAACGACCCCACGGGCCAGGCCCUCACGGCACUCUCCUGCGCCUGCCUCUUCAGCCUGGUGGUGGCCUGGGGGGACACGGGCCGGAUCCUGCAGGCCGUCUCCGCCAUCCUCACCAACAACGGCAGCCACGCCUGCCAGACCAUACAGGUGCCCACCAUCCUGAACGCGCUGCAGAGGAGCAUCCAGGCCGUGCUGGUGGGCAAGAUCCAGAUCCAGGACUGGUUCGGCAACGGCAUCAAGCGGGCGGCGCUCAUGAACAAGUGGGUGCUGAAGGAGGUGGCUAUCGACGAGGACGAGCACUGCCUGCUGCAGACGGACGGCUCCUUCCUCUACCUGCUCUGCAAGGACGGCCUCUAUAAAGUGGGCUCCGGAUACAGCGGCACCGUCCGGGGCCACGUGUACAACUCCACGUCUCGCAUCCGCAACCGCAAGGAGAAGAAGUCCUGGUUGGGCUUUGCACAGGGCCAUCUAUUGUACCGGGACUCGGGUAACCACAGCACAUCAGCCAUUAAGAUCAACCCGGAGACGCUGGAGCCGGAGGGCGCCGUCUCCAUGCCAGGCCAACACGCCGACGGUCAGAACAUCAUCUUCACAGACGGGGAGUACAUCAACCAAUUAGCCGCCUGCAAAGACGACGGCUUCGUGGUGCGGAUCUACGCCACAAGCUCGGACCCCGCCCUCCAGCAGGAGCUGCAGCUGAAGCUGGCCAGGAAGUGUCUCCACGCCUGCGGCAUCUCCCUCUUCGACCUGGAGAAGGACCUGCACAUCAUCAGCACCGGCUUUGAUGAAGAGGCAGCGCUGCUCGGAGCCGGCCGGGAGUUCGCUCUGAUGAAAACCGCCUCGGGAAAGAUCUACUACACGGGCAAGUACCAGAGUCUGGGCAUAAAGCAGGGAGGGCCCUCGGCUGGGAAGUGGGUGGAGCUGCCCGUCACCAAGUCUCCAAAGAUAGUCCAGUUCUCGGUCGGCCAUGACGGUUCGCACGCGCUGCUGGUGGCCGAGGACGGCAGCGUCUUCUUCACCGGCUCCGCCUCCAAAGGAGAGGACGGAGAGUCCACCAAGAGCCGCAGACAGCCAAAGCCCUACAAGCCUAAGAAGAUGAUCAAGCUGGAGAGCAAGACGGCGGUGCACACGGCCUGCAACAACGGCAGCAGUAGCAUCGUCACCAAAGACGGAGAGCUCUACAUGUUUGGCAAGGACGCCAUCUACAGCGACAGCACCUGUCAGGUGACGGACCUGAAGGGUCACUUUGUGACUCAGGUUGCCAUGGGGAAGGCCCACACGUGCGUGCUCACCAAGAGCGGCGAGGUGUGGACGUUUGGUGUCAACAACAAGGGCCAGUGUGGACGAGACACGGGGGCCAUGAACCAGGCGGGGAAAGCGUUUGGCGUGGAGAACAUGGCGACGGCCAUGGACGAGGACUUGGAGGACGACCUGGAGGAGAAGGAGGAGAAGAGCAUGAUGUGCCAGCCCGGCAUGCACAAGUGGAAGCUGGAGCAGUGCAUGGUGUGCACGGUGUGCGGCGACUGCACCGGCUACGGGGGCAGCUGUGUGAGCAGCGGGCGGCCCGACAGAGUGCCUGGCGGGAUCUGUGGCUGCGGCUCCGGGGAGUCGGGGUGCUCGGCGUGCGGCUGCUGCAAGGCCUGCGCCCGGGAGCUGGACGGCCAGGAGGCCAGGCAGAGGGGCAUCUUUGACGCCGUGAAGGAGAUGAUCCCCCUGGACCUCCUGCUAGCUGUGCCUGUCCCUCCCCCUCCAGGCGUGAACAUCGAGGAGCACAUCCAGAUCCGGCAGGAGGAGAAGCGCCAGCGGAUCAACCGGCGCCACCGGCUGGAGGAGGGCCGAGGCCCCCUUGUUUUCCCUGGCCCCAUAUUUAUGAACCAGCGUGAGCAGGCCCUAGCCAGAAUAAGACCCCUUCAGGCCCUAAGGCAUAAGCGGGACCAGCACAAAGACGGCAGUAGCGAGCGCGGGGAGAAGGACGCCAGUAAGAUCACCACCUACCCCCCCGGCGCGGCGAGGUUCGACUGCGAGAUGCGAGCGGUGCAGGUCAGCUGUGGCUUCCACCACUCUGUGGUGCUGAUGGAGAACGGCGACGUGUACACCUUUGGUUACGGCCAGCACGGACAGCUCGGACACGGGGACGUCAACUCCAGGGGUUCUCCCACCCUGGUCCAGGCGCUGCCCGGGCCCAGCGUUCAGGUGACGGCGGGCAGCAACCACACGGCCGUGCUGCUCAGCGACGGACAGGUCUUCACCUUCGGCAGCUUCUCGAAAGGGCAGCUGGGCCGGCCCAUCCUGGACAUGCCCUACUGGAACGCCAAGCCCUCCCCCAUGCCCAACAUCGGCUCCAAGUACGGCCGCAAGGCCACGUGGAUCGGCGCCAGCGGGGACCAGACCUUCCUGCGCAUCGACGAGGCGCUCAUCAACUCGCACGUGCUCGCCACCUCGGAGAUCUUCGCCAGCAAGCACAUCAUCGGCCUGGUGCCCACCUCGGUGUCGGAGCCGCCGCCCUUCAAGUGCCUGCUCAUCAACAAGCUGGACGGCAGCUGCCGCACCUUCAACGACUCGGAGCAGGAGGACCUGCAGGGCUUCGGCCUCUGCCUGGACCCCGUCUACGACGUCAUCUGGAGGUUCCUGCCGGCCACCAGGGAGAUGUGGUGCUACAACGCGGUGAUAGCAGAUGCCCGCGUGCCGUCCCUCACCGACCUUCAGUCCCGCUGCAGCAUCCUCAGCCCCGAGCUGGCGCUGCCGUCGGGCUCCAACGCCACCACCACGCGCUCCCACGGGGCCCUGCACAUCCUGGGCUGCCUGGACACCCUGGCCGCCAUGCAGGAGCUGAAGAUGGGCGUGGCCAGUGCGGAGGAGGAGACCCAGGCCGUGAUGAAGGUUUACUCCAAGGAGGACUACAGCGUGGUUAACCGCUUCGAGAGUCAUGGAGGGGGCUGGGGCUACUCUGCCCACUCAGUGGAGGCCAUCCGCUUCUGUGCGGAUGCAGACACCCUGCUGGGGGGCCUGGGGCUGUUCGGGGGCCGCGGGGAGUACACGGCCAAGAUCAAGCUGUUUGAGCUGGGCCCAGACGGGGGCGACCACGAGACGGACGGGGACCUCCUGGCCGAGACGGACGUGCUGGCCUACGACUGUGCUGCCAGGGAGAAGUACGCCAUGAUGUUUGACGAGCCGGUGCUGCUGCAGCUGGGCUGGUGGUACGUGGCCUGGGCGCGCGUGUCGGGGCCCAGCAGCGACUGCGGCUCCCACGGACAGGCGACCAUCACCACCGAUGACGGCGUGGUGUUUCAGUUCAAGAGCUCCAAGAAGUCGAACAACGGCACAGACGUGAACGCUGGACAAAUCCCUCAGCUGCUCUACAGGCUUCCCUCAAACGACGGCACCGCUUCCAAAGGAAAGCAGCAAACCAGUGAGCCAGUGCACAUCCUGAAGCGCUCCUUCGCUCGCACCGUGUCUGUGGAGUGCUUUGACUCCCUGCUGAGCGUGCUGCACUGGAGCUGGACCACGCUGGUGCUGGGUGUGGAGGAGCUGCGCGGGCUGAAGGGCUUCCAGUACACCGCCACCCUGCUGGACCUGGAGCGGCUGCGCUUCGUGGGCACCUGCUGCCUGCGCCUGCUGCGCGUCUACAUCUGCGAGAUCUUCCCCAUCUCAGCCACCACCAAGGCGGUGGUGGACGAGUCCAGCCGGCUGGCCGAGUGCGUGGGCAAGACGCGCAGCCUGCUGAAGAAGAUCCUGUCGGAGGGCACCGACAACUGCCUGACCAAGCUGGACAACGACCCCCAGGGCUACCUGUCCCAGCCGCUCGCGCUGCUGGAGGCGGUGCUGCAGGAGUGCCACAACACCUUCACCGCCUGCUUCCACUCCUUCUACCCCACGCCCGCGCUGCAGUGGGCCUGCCUCUGCGACCUGCUCAACUGCCUGGACCAGGACAUCGCGGAGGCCAACUUCCGCACGUCCAGCAGCCGUCUGCUGGCGGCGGUCAUGUCGGCCCUGUGCAACACGUCGGUCAAGCUGACCUCCAUCCUGCCCAUCGCCUACGACGGCGAGGUGCUGCUGCGCUCGCUGGUCAAGCAGGUGAGCACCGAGAACGACUCUGCGCUCGCUCACCGCUUCCCCCUGCUGGUGGCCCACAUGGAGAAGCUCAGCCACACUGAGGAGAACCUGAUGGGCAUGACCAGCUUCAGGGAGGUCCUGGAGAAGAUGCUGGUGAUCGUGGUCCUGCCAGUGAGGAAGAGUCUGAGGAAGGAGGUGGAGCUGUUCUCGCCUCACCUGGUCUCCAACACCUGCGGCCUGCUGGCCUCCAUCGUCUCCGAGCUCACCGCCUCCGCUCUGGGCUCAGAGGUGGACGGGCUGAACUCCCUGCAUUCGGUGAAGGCCACGCCCAACCGCUUCACCAAGACAAGCCAGGGCCGCAGCUGGAACACGGGCAACGGCUCGCCGGACGCCAUCUGCAUGACGGUGGACAAGCCCGGCGUGGUGCUGGUGGGCUUCUGCGUCUACGGCGGCGGGGGAAUCCACGAGUACGAGCUGGAGGUGCUCGCCGACGACGCCCAGACGGAGCACCCCGGGGACUCGGCCCACUCCCACCGCUGGACGUCCCUGGAGCUGGUGAAGGGGACGUACAGCACCGACGACUCGCCCAGCGACAUCUCGGAGAUCCGCCUGGACAAGGCCGUGCCGCUCAAGGAGGGGGUCAAGUACGCCGUGCGCCUGCGUAACUACGGCAGCCGCACGGCCAACGGGGACGGCGGCAUGACGACGGUGCAGUGCUCCGACGGCGUGGCCUUCACCUUCAGCACCUGCAGCCUGAGCAGCAACGGCACCAACCAGACCCGCGGACAAAUCCCCCAGAUCCUCUACUACAGGAGUGAGUAUGACGGGGACCUCCAGUCUCAGCUGCUGAGCAAGGCCAACGAGGAGGACAAGAACUGCAGCCGCGCCCUCUCUGUGGUCAGCGCCGUGGUGCGCGCCGCCAAGGACCUGCUGCAGCGGGCCUUUGCUGUGGACGCGGAAGACAUCCCUGAGCUGCUGAGCUCCUCCAGCCUGUUCUCCAUGCUGCUGCCCCUCAUCCUGGCCUACAUCGGCCCUGUGGCCGCCUCCGUGCCCAAGGCUGCCGUGGAGGUCUUCGGCCUGGUCCAGGAUCUGCUGCCUUCAGUCGCCGCUCUCAACAAGAAAUAUGCCCCGCCCACCUUUAAUCCCAACCAAUCGACGGACAGCACCACAGGCAACCAGCCUGAGCAGGGCCUCUCUGCCUGCACCACCUCCAGCAACUACUCUGUGAUCGAGAGCGACCACCCGUACAAGCAAGCUGGGGUCACCCAGUACAAGGUGUCCUUCCCAGAAUGCAUCCGCUGGACCAGCAUCGAGUUCGACCCCCAGUGCGGAACGGCCCAGCCCGAGGACGUGCUGCGCCUCUUCAUCCCCAGCCGCACCCUGCACCUCUCCAGCCUGGCCGCCAAGCCGCUGGCCCAGGACACCAUCAACACCUGGAUCGAGCUCAGGAAGUUCUCCGGCGCCACCGGCUGGCCCACCACCGUUCUGGUGCUGCCUGGAAACGAAGUUCUGUUUUCACUGGAAACGGCCUCGGAUUACGUGAAAGACGAGAAGGCCUGCUUCUACGGCUUCAAGUGCGUGGCUGUGGGGUACGAGUUCAACCCUGGACUGGAUGAGGGUAUUAUUCAGCUGGAGAAGGAGCUGGCCUACUUGGGUAGUGUCUGUGCUGCUGCUCUCAUGAAGAAGGAUCUGGCCCUGCCUAUAGGGAACGAAUUGGAGGAAGAUCUUGAGAUCCUUGAGGAGGCAUCUCUACAGGUGUGCAAGUCCCACUCUGGGAUCCUGGGCAAGGGUCUGGCCCUGUCCCACUCCCCCACCAUCCUGGAGGCCCUGGAGGGGAACCUACCCCUCCACCUGCAGACCAACGAGCACUCCUUUCUGGAGGACUUCAUCACCUGCGUCCAGACCUCCAGCGGCGGGCGGCUGGCCAGGUGGCUGCAGCCGGACUCCUACGCCGACCCCCAGAAGACCUCCCUCAUCCUGAACAAGGACGACAUCCGCUGCGGCUGGCCGGCCACCGUGGCGGUGCAGACCAAGGACCAGUACGGGGAGGUGGUCCACGUCCCCAACAUGAAGGUGGAGGUGAAGGCGGUGCCCGUGUCGCAGAAGAAGUCCAUGCAGCAGGAGAACACCUGCAGCAAGAAGCUUCAGAGGCUGCCCGGGUCCGCCGCCACCGCCAACGCCACCGCCAACGCCACCUCCUCCUCCUCCUGCUCCGCCUCCUCCAACUCCUGCUCCUCCUCGCUGUCCGGCGCCGACCUGACCUUCGGGGGCCUGCCCACGCCCCGGCUGGAGGCCACCUACGAGCCCGUCAUCGUCAAGGAGGCGCGCUACAUCGCCAUCACCAUGAUGAAGGCUUAUGAAAACUACUCUUUUGAGGAGCUGCGGUUCGCCUCCCCUACUCCGAAAAGACCCAGCGAGAACAUGCUGAUCCGCGCCAACACGGACGGGACGUACAGCGCCAACUGGACGCCCGGUGCCGUGGGCCUCUACACCAUCCACGUCACCAUCGACGGCAUCGAGAUCGAUGCCGGACUGGAGGUGGAGGUGAAAGACCCCCCCAAGGGAAUGAUCCCCCCAGGGACCCAGAUGGUCAAACCCAAGGCCGAGCCUCAGCCCAACAAGGUCCGCAAAUUUGUGUCCAAGGACAGCGCAGGCCUGCGUGUGCGUAGUCACCCCUCUCUGCAGAGCGAGCAGAUAGGCAUAGUGCAAGUCAAUGGCACCAUCACUUUCAUUGACGAGAUCCACAACGACGACGGCGUGUGGCUGCGGCUCAGCGACGACACGGUGAAGAAGUACGUGCCCAGCAUGAACGGCUACUCGGAAGCCUGGUGCCUCUCCUUCAACCAGCACCUGGGCCGAAGUCUGCUGCUCCCGGCCGACGAGUCCAGGGCCCCCUCGGAAGAGAGGGUGAAGGAGGUGGGCGGCCACCCCUCCCCCGAGGCCCCUGUGCGGGAGCAGAGCAGGGAAGGGCUGGGCGGCGGUGGCCCUGGGCUUUAUAAGGUAGUGAAGACCGGCCCCUCUGGUCACAACAUCAGAAGCUGCCCAAACCUUAGGGGUAUCCCCAUUGGAAUGUUAGUACUGGGGAACAAGGUCAAGGCCGUAGGCGAGGUGGUGAACUCGGAGGGCACCUGGGUUCAGCUGGACAAGAACAGCGUGGUGGAGUUCUGCGAGAGUGACGAGGGCGAGGCGUGGUCCCUGGCCCGGGACCGCGGCGGGAACCAGUACCUCCGACACGAAGACGAACAAGCUGGGGUGGAGCACAACGGUCAGACCCCGCCCCCCAGCCCCUUCUCUGUGCAGGCCUUCAACAGGGCCGCCGCCUCCAACGGCGCGCAGGGCUUCGACUACGGCCUCUCCAACAACAAAGGUGUCCGGUUGAGCGCCAUACUGAAUCCCAUUCAGUCUGGGCCCUUCCUCCCAGCAGCUCCCUCCUCCUCCUCCGUAUUUGAGCAAGCCGCCCAACCUCCCACUACCUCCUCCUCCUCUUCCUCUUCCUCCUCCCUUGUCCACUGUCCAUUUGUGUUUGGACAGUCCCUCUCCCACCUGUCUCAGCCACAGCCACAGCUUCUGAAUGGUCCCUCAGUCAGCCUUGCUUCUCGUGAGCGUGCGCACAAAAGCAGCACUUCCAUGGCGGGGCAUGGUACCGCUCGUUCCUCUCUCGCUCACAAGCAAAAGGGUGACCGAGGGAACCCGCUGUCCGGCGCGCGGCCCAUGUCGCCGUCCUCCAAGCAGCGGCAGGAGAACCGCAGCGGGCGCUCCUCGGAGCAGGGCCGGGCCAGGACGGGCGAGGGGGGCCUCUCGGCCGGCGAGGCCCUGAUCCUCCGCUCGGACACGGCCAAGCUGCGCUCGGACUCGCACAGCCGCUCCCACUCGCCCAACCACAACACCCUGCAGGCCCUGAAGGCCGACGGCAGGACGGGCCAACCAGGGGCCCGCGGCGAGUCCCCCAACCCGGGCUCCCGCUCCUCCUCGCCCAAGCAGAAGGGCGUGUCCUCCCCCUCCUCUGGCCGGUCCAGUCCCUCGGGCCCCCCGUCGCAGCACGCCGCCACCACCGCCACCGCCGCCACCGCCGCCUCCAACAACGACAAGAACCUCCCGCCCAAGGUCAGCCCGUCCCCCAAGGCCCGACUGGACCCUCCCCGAGAGAGGUCCAAGUCGGACUCGUACACCCUGGACCCGGACACGCUGCGGAAGAAGAAGAUCCCCCUGACGGAGCCCCUCCGGGGAAGGUCCACCUCGCCCAAGGCCAAGCUCUCCCCCAAAGACCCGAGCAAGGGCGGCGUCGGCAACGCGGAGAACCGCGCGCCCUCCCCCCACGUCACCCAGGAGAACCUCCACAGCGAGGUGGUGGAGGUCUGCACCUCGGGCGCCCCGCUCUCCAACGACGAGGCCAACGACGAGGCCAACGAGGCCAACGACGAGGGCGGCGAGCUGCGCCGCGCCGAGGAGGGCUCCUCCAAGGUGCACUUCAGCAUCGGCAAGGCGCCCGUCAAGGAGGAGCAGGAGAGCCGCUCCUCGCCCAAGGCCAGCCGCAAGGCCUCCAGCCGCCACGUGCGGCCCAAGAAGGACAAGUCGGGCCCCCUGUUCAAAGCCGAGAGCGCGUCCAAGCUGGCGGAGCCCGCCAAGCAGGCCAUGUCGCCCUCGGUGGCGGAGUGCGCCCGGGCGGUGUUCGCCGCCUUCCUGUGGCACGAGGGCAUCGUGCACGACGCCAUGGCCUGCUCCUCCUUCCUGAAGUUCAACCCGGACCUGAGCAAGGAGCACGCGCCCAUCCGCAACUCCAUGGGGGGCCAGGGCGCCGAGGAGAAGGAGAGCAAGCUGAAGAACCGGCACUCCCUGGAGAUCUCGUCGGCGCUGAACAUGUUCAACAUCGCGCCGCACGGGCCCGACAUCUCCAAGAUGGGCAGCAUCAACAAGAACAAGGUGCUGUCCAUGCUCAAGGAGCCGCCGCUGCCCGAGAAGUGCGAGGAGGCCAAGGAGUCGGCGGCCCACGAGUCGAACUCCCACCCAGUGAUGAGGGCCAAGUCCAUCCUCCCGCUCACCCUGCAGCACCUGGUGGCCUUCUGGGAGGACAUCUCCAUGGCAACAAUGAAGGCGGCCACCCAGAACAUGAUCUUCCCCAGCCCGGGCUCCAGCGCCAUCCUGAAGAAGAAGGAGAACGAGAAAGACGGCAAGAAGGCCAAGAAGGAGAAGAAGAAGCGGGAGAAGGCGGAGGUGCGUCCCCGGGGGAACCUGUUUGGGGAGAUGGCUCAGCUGGCCAUGGGCGGACCCGAGAAGGACACCAUCUGCGAGCUGUGUGGGGAGUCGCACCCCUACCCGGUCACCUACCACAUGAGGCAGGCCCACCCAGGCUGCGGUCGCUACGCCGGAGGCCAGGGCUACAACAGCAUCGGCCACUUCUGUGGCGGCUGGGCGGGGAACUGUGGCGAUGGAGGCAUCGGGGGCAGCACCUGGUACCUGGUGUGUGACCGCUGCAGAGAGAAAUACCUGAGGGAAAAACAGAGCGCAGCCAGGGAGAAGGUGAAGCAGUCCAGGAAGAAGCCCCUGCAGGUGAAGACGCCCCGCUCGCUGCCCACCAUGGAGGCCCACCAGGUGAUCCGGGCCAACGCCCUGUUCCUGCUGUCGCUGAGCAGCGCGGCGGAGCCCAGCAUCCUGUGCCACCACCCCCCCCGGCCCCUGCACUCCCAGCUGCCCAGCCUCAAGGAGGGCGUCUCGGACGAGACCCCCAACAAGAUGGGCUGCCUCUACCUGCAGACCCUGGCGAGGCAACACACGGAGAACUUUGGCGCCUACCAGGACGAUAACCUUUUCCAAGACGAGAUGAGGUACCUGCGCUCCACGUCGGUGCCCGCCCCGUACAUCUCCGUCACCCCUGACGCCUGCCCCAACGUGUUCGAGGAGCCGCAGAACAACAUGAAGUCCAUGCCCCCCAGUCUGGAAACGAGUCCGAUCACGGACAGCGACACGGCCAAGCGGACGGUGUUCCAGCGCUCCUACUCUGUGGUGGCGUCAGAGUACGACAAGCAGCACUCCGCCUCGCCGGCCCGCAUCAAGGCCGUGCCCAGACGGAGGGUCCACAGCGGGGACGCAGAGGUGGGCUCGUCCCUGCUGCGCCACCCGUCCCCGGAGCUGUCCCGGCUCAUCUCGGCGCACGGCUCCCUCAGCAAGGGGGAGAGGAACUUCCAGUGGCCCGUGCUGGCCUUCGUCAUCCAGCACCACGACCUGGAGGGCCUGGAGGUGGCCAUGAGGCACGCGCUCCGGAAGUCUGCCUGCCGGGUGUUCGCCAUGGAGGCCUUCAACUGGCUGCUGUGCAACGUGAUCCAGACCACCUCGCUGCACGACAUCCUGUGGCACUUCGUGGCGUCCCUCACGCCGUCCCCGAUGGAGCCCGAGGAAGAGGAGGAUGAGGAGAACAAGGCCAACAAGGAGAACCUGGAGCAGGAGCGAGACCUCGGGGUGUGCGAGCACCCCCUCUCGGACAUCGUCAUCGCCGGGGAGGCGGCCCACCCCCUCCCCCACACCUUCCACCGCCUGCUGCAGACCAUCUCCGACCUGAUGAUGUCACUUCCCAGCGGCAGCUCGUUGCAGCAGAUGGCGCUCAGGUGCUGGAGCCUGAAGUUCAAGCAGUCGGACCACCAGUUCCUGCACCAGAGCAACGUGUUCCACCACAUCAACAACAUCCUGUCCAAGUCGGAUGACGGAGACAGCGAGGAGAGCUUCAACAUCAGUGUGCAGUCAGGCUACGAGGCCAUCAGCCAGGACCUGUGCGUGGUGACCUGCCUGAAGGACCUGACCAGCGUGGUGGAUAUCAAGACGUCCAGCCGUCCGGCCAUGAUCGGCAGCCUCACGGACGGCUCCACCGAGACCUUCUGGGAGUCCGGCGACGAGGACAAGAACAAGACCAAGAGCAUCACCAUCAGCUGCGUCAAGGGCAUCAACGCCUCCACCGUGUCCGUCCACGUGGACAACUCCCGGGACAUCGGGAACAAGGUCACGUCGAUCACAUUCUUGUGCGGGAAGGCGCUGGAGGACCUCUGCAGAAUCAAACAGGUGGACCUGGACUCGCGGCACAUGGGCUGGGUGACCAGCGAGCUGCCCGGGGGGGACCACCACGUGGUGAAGGUGGAGCUGAAGGGGCCCGAGAACACGCUGCGGGUGCGGCAGGUGAAGCUGAUGGGCUGGAAGGACGGCGAGAGCAUCAAGAUCGCCGGGCAGAUCUCUGCCAGCGUGGCCCAGCAGAAGAACUGCGAGGCGGAGACCCUGCGCGUCUUCCGCCUCAUCACCUCCCAGGUGUUUGGGAAGCUGAUCUGCGGAGACGCUGAACCCACUCCCGAGCAGGAGGAGAAGAACCUGCUCUCCUCGCCUGAAGGAGAAGACAAGGCGCCGUCUGACGCGGACCUGAAGGAGCACAUGGUGGGCAUCAUCUUCAGCCGGAGCAAGCUGACCAACCUGCAGAAACAGGUGUGUGCGCACAUCGUGCAGGCCAUCCGCAUGGAGGCCACCCGCGUGCGCGAGGAGUGGGAGCACGCCAUCUCCAGCAAGGAGAACGCCAACUCGCAGCCCAGCGACGACGACGCCUCGUCGGACGCCUACUGCUUCGAGCUGCUGUCCAUGGUGCUGGCGCUCAGCGGCUCCAACGUGGGCCGGCAGUACCUGGCCCAGCAGCACACCCUCAUGCAGGACCUGUUCUCCCUGCUGCACACCGCCUCGCCCCGCGUGCAGAGACAGGUGACGUCCCUGCUGCGGCGGGUGCUGCCCGAGGUGACGCCCGUGCGCCUGGCCAGCAUCAUCGGCGUGAAGGCCCUGCCGCCGGCCGACAUCAGCGACAUCAUCCACUCCACGGAGAAGGGGGACUGGAACAAGCUGGGCAUCCUGGACAUGUUCCUGGGCUGCAUCGCCAAGGCGCUCACCGUGCAGCUCAAGGCCAAGGGCAGCAGCAUCGCGGGGACGGCCGGCAUGGCCGCCGGGAAGGGCGUCACCACGGUGACGCUGCCCAUGAUCUUCAACUCCAGCUACAUCCGCCGGGGGGAGAGCCACUGGUGGAUGAAGGGCUCCACGCUGCCCCAGAUCGCUGAGAUCAUCAUCAAGCUGGUCAAAGACAUGGCCGCCGGCCACCUCUCGGAGGCCUGGUCCAGGGUCACCAAGAACGCCAUCGCGGAGACCAUCAUCGCCCUGACCAAGAUGGAGGAGGAGCACCGCUCGCCCGUCCGCUGCGUCGCCACCACCAGGCUGUGGCUGGCGCUGGCCUCCCUGUGCGUUCUGGACCAGGACCACGUGGACCGCCUGUCGUCCGGCCGCUGGAUGGGCAAAGACGGACAGCAGAAACAAAUGCCCAUGUGUGACAACCAUGACGACGGCGAGACCGCGGCCAUCAUCCUUUGCAACGUUUGCGGGAACCUGUGCACCGACUGUGACCGCUUCCUCCACCUGCACCGACGCACGCGCUCCCACCAGAGACAGGUGUUUAAAGAGGAAGAGGAGGCGAUCAAGGUGGACCUCCAUGAGGGCUGUGGGAGGACCAAGCUCUUCUGGCUGAUGGCUCUGGCCGACUCCAAGACCAUGAAGGCCAUGGUGGAGUUCAGAGAGCACACAGGUAAACCAGCAUCCAGCAGCUCAGACGCCUGUAGGUUCUGCGGUACGAGGAGCGGGACGGAGCUGUCUGCAGUGGGCAGCGUCUGUGCGGACCCAGACUGCCAGGAGUACGCCAAGCUGGCGUGCUGCAAGACCCACGGGUGCGGCCACCCCUGUGGCGGCGUGAAGAACGAGGACAAGUGUCUGCCGUGUCUGCACGGCUGUGACAAGAGCACGGGCUGCCUGAAGCAGGACGCCGACGACAUGUGCAUGAUCUGCUUCACCGAGGCGCUGUCUGCAGCCCCCGCCGUGCAGCUGGACUGCAGUCAUGUGUUCCACCUGCAGUGCACCAGACGGGUGCUGGAGAACCGCUGGCUGGGACCCCGCAUCACGUUUGGCUUCAUGUCGUGUCCCAUCUGCAAGAACAAAAUCAACCACUCGGUGAUCAAGGACCUGCUGGACCCCAUCAGGGAGCUGUACGAGGACGUGAGGAGGAAAGCCCUGAUGAGGCUGGAGUACGAGGGCCUCCACAAGAGCGAGGCCAUCACCACGCCGGGGGCCCGCUUCCACAACGACCCCGCCGGCUUCGCCAUGAACCGAUACGCCUACUACGUCUGCUUCAAGUGCAAAAAGGCCUACUUUGGGGGAGAGGCACGAUGCGACGCGGAGGCCGGCCAGGGGGAUGACUACGAUCCCAGCGAGCUGAUCUGCGGGGCGUGUUCUGAUGUCUCCAGAGCUCAGAUGUGUUCCAAGCACGGCACAGACUUCCUGGAGUAUAAGUGCCGGUACUGCUGCUCGGUGGCGGUCUUCUUCUGCUUCGGCACGACGCACUUCUGUAACGCCUGCCACGACGACUUCCAGAGGAUGACCAGCGUCCCGAAGGAGGAGCUGCCCCACUGUCCUGCAGGUCCUAAGGGGAAGCAGCUGGAGGGGACUGAAUGCCCUCUGCACGUGGUGCACCCGCCCACGGGAGAGGAGUUUGCCCUGGGCUGCGGCGUGUGUCGGAACGCCCAUACCUUCUAGGCCACCGUGAGAGAGACCCGUACUGAAAAAGGCUUGUUGAUCUACUGUGAUUCCUGGCUGUCGCUGCUGUGGACGCUCGGCCCUGGACGAUGGCUCCUUCGGCUGUAUGCGAGCCACACUGGAGACCCCCCCCCCCAUUCCCACCACACACAUCCCCCCCCCCCCCCCCCCCCCACCUGCUGGUCAAGCUUUCUGUUCGCUGGACUACAAACGAGAGUGCCAGAGUUCUGCUACAAAGACAUACUCAAGGGUCAGCUCUCGGGAAUCGCGGUAAACUUAAUGAAAAAAUGAAAACAGUUAUGUUUAAAAAAAAUAUGUAUAUGAACUAAAAGAAUACUUGUGACGUGUUUUGCAUGCGGCCGUUGUUCUCCCCUCGGCUUCCAUAGGCGUCGCACACCACCCGAUCAAUGAAGUGUAACAAUAUAGUGACGAUUAAACAUGGGAUAUCAAAUACAUUUGCAUAAGGCAACCGUGGAGGGACGUGGUUAGAAGAAAAAAAAAACAUGGGCCGUAUUUACAGCUUCCUAAAUAUGAAUUAAAAGAUUUUGUUGUAUGUAAACUGACUUUUUUCGUAAUCCUGUACAGUAUUGUCCCCUGUCAAGUGCAUCAUGGGUUGACGGACAAAAAAAAGACGUGUGGGUGAAUAAGACUGUAAGAAUGUCAAGUCUGGGAGGAAAAUAGUGUACGAUUUAUCUAAUCUUGUAUAUAAUGAUAGUAUCCAAAAUAGCUGUAUUCCGAAAUUGCUACUCUCCACUUCAGUUUUGUUUGAUAUUCUGGGUUAUGUUUUGAGCCAGAACUUUUAAUGAAGUGCAAUACUGGGUGUGCCUCCUCUUCUGCAGCUGUUAUACCUAUGGAAUGUAUGUCAAUAAAGGCCACUGUACAUUUUUAUACAGUAGACACAGUUGUGUUUCAUCCCCUUUAAACUGUCACUUAUGUUUUUUUCUGGAAAUGCAAAAAAGAAAAGAGAAAUAAAGUUAUAGAUCUGGGACAUGGAAGCCAUUUUCAUCUAUAGCACAGUUGUAUCCAAACUUCACCAGGAGUCAAUUUUCAAGGAGUGAUCACUGCACAGUUUGAGGCCAGUUAAUUGCACCAACUAUUACAAUUCAUCUCUAAUGUUAUUCCCGAGAAGGAGAUAUGGUGUGUGGGUCAGAGGAAGAGUGACAAAAACAGCUGCUGUUAUAUAUAUAUAAAUAUAUAUUAAAAAAGCAUAAUACUUGUGAAUCUGCUCUGUAAUAUCUGUGGUGGAUGGAGUUGAAUGGUAAUAAACCAGGUUAUCUGUUUCGCAGACAA